UCCUCCCGGAGUGCCAUGAGUAAGGUAAGCACACAGCGUGGUAUUUCCACUCCCAGCCCCUCUACGCCGUGUGUUUCUCUGUGCAGGGACCGUGCACCUUUCCCAGCCGUGGUCUCCGUCACGCCGGCGCCAACACACCUCGGGCCUUGGGUGAACCAGCGGCGGAAGGCGCGGGCUGGACCCUCUCCACCUCCGGUGUUCGAGAUUCCAACCAGGAACCGCUUCGCCCCUCUCCGCCAGACCAGACCCAACGCUGUGAUCGUCGGGGACUCCAUUGUGCGGAACGUCCGUGUAGCCUCAUCUAAAGGUAAGGUGCGCACACACUGUUUUUCUGGUGCUUGUGUCCUUGAUGUCGCUGCGCAGGUAUCCGGGAUCCUGAAGAAGGACGAGCGCAUUGGAGCGGUUGUGCUGCACGCGGGGACGAACGACACCAGGCUGCGGCAGACGGAGGUUCUGAAGAGGGACUUCUCCAGCCUGAUCGAGACGGUACGAGGCAGAUCACCCACCGCGAAGAUCAUCGUCUCUGGACCUCUUCCCACAUACAGACGUGGAGCAGAAAAGUUGUUUCGUCCUGAUGGCCUGCACCCCAGCAGCCUUGGAGCGGAACUGCUAUCAGACAACAUUUCCAAGGCGCUACACUCCAAGUGACUGCCUAGCCCCCACAUGAAUUUAUGGAGAUACUAGAGAUCCAGAUCCUUUCUGCCUCUGGAUGGAGCUCAAAUCUUCUCUAAUUCCAGACUGCUGGGACUACGGCUGCUCCUAAGGCCAUACAGACUUCAUAUAAAUCCAUAAUGAACUUUUUCACACUAUCUGUUGUUACCCAGAUGAGGAUGGGUUCCCUUCUGAGUCGGGUUCCUCUCAAGGUUUCUUCCUCUUAAAACAUCUUCGGGAGUUUUUCCUUGCCACCGUCGCCACUCAGUGGCUUGCUCAGUUGGGAUAAAUUCGCAUCUUUAAUAUCUGUAUACCAUGUUGAUAUUUCUGUAAAGCUGCUUUGAGACAAUGUCUAUUGUAAAAAGCGCUAUAGAAAUAAAAUUGAAUUGAAUUGAAUUGAAUGAGUCAUCCCAUUUAAUUGGCGGACCCGGCCCCCUGGACUGAAUGUCCCAGGCAGAGCCAGGAAACUGCACGGUGUUCUUGGCGGCGCAGGGAAGCGGAGCGACGUCCUCGGCGUAGCAGGGAAGCAGAGCGACAUCCACAGCCGGGCAGGCAGG